ACACACAUUUCAAAAUUUCUUCUUCUUGGAUUAUCAAAUGAACCAGAACUACAGCCCCUCACAUUCGGGCUUUUUCUCUCCAUGUAUUUGAUCACUGUGUUUGGAAACCUGCUUAUCAUCCUGGCUAUCAGCUCAGACUCCCACCUCCACACACCCAUGUACUUCUUCCUCUCCAACUUAUCCUUUGUAGACAUCUGUUUCACCUCCACCACCAUCCCAAAGAUGCUAUGGAACAUCCAGACUCACAGCAAAGUCAUAACUUAUGAGGGAUGCAUCAUACAGAUGUAUUUUUUCUUAUUAUUUGGAGGAUCUGAUGUCUUCCUCCUGACCAUGAUGGCUUACGACAGGUUUGUGGCCAUAUGUCACCCCUUACACUAUACAGUCAUCAUGAAUCCUUGGCACUGUGUUCUUCUGCUUCUGUCAUCUUAUACUAUAAGUUUCCUCUAUUCCUUGUUACAAAGCUUAGCAGUGGUACAGCUGUCCUUCUGUACAAACAGGGAAAUCCCCAGUUUUUUCUGUGAAACCAAUCAGGUUGUCCAACUGGCCUGUUCUGAUACCUUCAUCUGUGACAUGGUAAAGUAUUUUGCAGCAGUGCUGCUGGGUGGUGGUUCCCUUGCUGGAAUAAUUUCCUCUUACUCUAAGAUAGUUUCUUCCAUAAAAGGAAUCUCAUCAGCUCAUGGGAAGUAUAAAGCAUUUUCCACCUGUGCAUCUCACCUCUCAGUUGUUUUCUUAUUUUAUUGUUCAGUCAUGGGAGUGUAUGUCAUUUCUGCUGUUGCCCAUGGUUCAUACUCAAGUGCAACAGCUUCGGUGAUGCACAGUGUGGUUACACCCAUGCUGAACCCCUUUAUCUACAGUCUCAGGAAUAAAGACAUAAAGGAAGCUCUGAAAAUAUUAUUUGGGAAGAAGAAAUACAGGGGAUAA